AUGGCUCUGAAAAUCCACUCUGGCAGAGGCAUUCAGCUGCUCAGUCUUCUCGUGGCGAUAUUCUUCCUCAGCGGGUGCGAGCCGAUGGAAGCACUAAACUCGGAAACACGCGGCGAGGGGGCCGAAGACUUGUUCGACCUCGGCCGUAUCAUCCCUGCCGCUGGUUCAUCGACGGCCGGGGCGGCUAGACAAGCUGAUCACUAUCAACCAUCCUCAGCCAAUCUUUUACACCCGGUCGGCCUUCCAGCCGGCCCUUCAGCUAGCCACGACUCCCCCCUAACAAACUGUCACCUUGCCGAAACUGCUACUGAAGAACGUCCCGCUGAGUCCCUAGCUCAUGGGCAGGGCAUGCCGCCGUCUGACCCCGGCGAUUUUUUUGGGACCGGGUUCCGGAACAUUCUGAACCUCGACGACCUUGUAGCGCGCCUGGCAGGCGGAACAGCAGGCUGGAAUGGCCUCGCGGCGGAAGGGGCUUCACAGGCACAUUCUGGUGUGCCGCAUGGACUGGAUAGCCAUAGUCAUACCAUCGCGGGCGCUGGUCAGUCAGACGCACCCGCCCUUUCAGAACAUAGCUUUCCGCCCUCUUCCGACAUAAACUCCGGAGCCGAUCAAAGACAUCAUCAUAAGCGGAAGCGUGUCGGACCCAGCUUGCUCAUCCCAAAUCCUUUGCCGCUCAAGCACAACUACCUCCUACCAGACUAUCAGUACCAUCCUGCCGAAACUGCUACUGAAGAACGUCCCGCUGAGUCCCUGGCUCAUGGGCAGGACAUGUCGUCUGACCCCGGCGAUUUUUUUGGAACCGGGUUCCGGGACAUUUGGAACCUCGACGACCUUGUAGAGCGCCUCGUAGGCGGAACACCAGGCUGGAAUGGCCUCGCGGCGGCAGGGGCUUCACAGGCACAUUCUGGUGUGCCACAUGUAUUGGAAAGUCAUACUCAUACCAUCGCGGGCGCUGGUCAGUCAUACGUACCCGCCGUCUCAGACCAUAGCUUCCUGCCCUCCUCGGACAUAACCUCCGCAGCCGAUGAAAGAGCUCCUCAUAAGCGGCAGCGCGUCGAACCCAGCUUACAACCCAGCCUACUCACCCCAUCUCCUUUGUCGGUCAAGCCACAGCACGACAGAAUCCGUUCGCACGUAUUAAAUCCUUUCCCGCUCGUUCGGAACUCCGUCAUCCAACGACCACAGCUCUCUGAACCGUUACCUCCAACGGGAAGACUAGUGAUUGAUUGGACACUCUUUGCCCCUGUUGAUCCAACAGAUCUCAUCCAACAGAAUGAGAUACAUAAGCUCCUGGGAGAGCUCGCAAAGAAGACCCUCAACCUCCGGCUCGUCAUCCCUCAGAAAGAAUUCAUCCAUACCCAUUCCAUGUACCUCCUGGGUCGCAAUGGCAGCGGCAAGGACCUUCGCAAGAUAAGGAAAAAAAAGAUUUUUAAACAAAAAGGAUGA